CCACAGCUUUGGGUGGAGUAUGAAAGUGUAAACAUUAGCUUAUAGACUUCCACCUACAUAUACGCAUAUAAAGUCCAUCUGCACACAAAGAGCUAUUGUGCUCUAAGAGGCAGGUGAAACUUUUGGAUUAAUGUAGCUGAAGCUGCUGAUCAGAAGAAAAAAAAAGGAGUGGAAAAAAGGUAGGAGGACAUUGGAGGACGAGAAGAUUGUAUUCUGUUGUAAAACAGUUUUUCAAUAUAAAACCUGUAACGCUAUAAUACACCCGGCUGUUCUUAUGACAGUCUGCGGCUCCGUAACGGCAAAGGGUCUGCUGUGUUCUCUUAGAGCGAGAUCAUGUUUCAAGCUUCGCACAUCAUGGUCAGGAUCAUCUCUAGAAGGAUACGACAGAGAAGACAAAUGCGAGCUAGCUUAGCCGCCGCAGAGGCAGCAGUGGCAGCUCCUCUUACAGCUGGAGGAUCCUUAUUAAACACCACCAUCCAGAAAAUGUCCAAGCAAAUAAACACUGAAAAGAACGUCACCAUUCAGCUCAGCAACUACAGCCACAAAUACAUCUUAACGAAUCCACGGGUCUUCACCAGCAGUGGAUACUCUCACAAUCCCCCUCAGCCUACGAUACAGAGGAGGACGAUGGAGGCGUGCUCCUUCACCAAAACUGCAGGAACAGCCUGUGGAGCUGUCGGGGUCCUCACUUACGAGAUCUUCAAACAUGACUGCGGAGAGUGGGCUGGAGAUCUGGUCAUAAUGUUCUCCGUCCCAUACGACUUGUGUGAAAACUGGUUCGCUCUCGGCAUUUUUAAAGAACGCGUUUGCUGCAACGAGCAGCUCUUCCACCAGCUGUACUACGCUAAUGGUCCCUUCACCAGAGCCAAAAGCACAGGGAGCGAGAUCAAGUUUAUUGGGAGACAGGUUUACGUGAAGGGAACUAUGUCUCCUGCAGGCAGGUCCAUUAUGUAUGUUGAAUUGUGGGAUUUGUAGUCAUGCAGUCACCAAGCUUAUAGGAAAGCUUUAUAUGCAGCUAUUCUUACAUUUUGACACUAAAUAUAAAUAUUCAUCAUAAAUAUGUGAGAUUUCUUUUUCUUAAAGUGAAGUCAAAGUUUUUGUUGAAGCUGUAAUGAAGGUAAAGAGUGGACACACUAAAUACUGCAAAAUUGAUAUGAUAUUUAGUUGUUGAAACUUCUGUGUAAUUUUCCAUUAAUAUGUUUUCUUUUUUUUCUGGCCGCUGAAAAACUGUACUUAAAGCUGAACUAUGUAAAAUUUUUGUUGAGCAGAAUAAAAACACAGAAAAAUA